UGACCUUUCACCACCGGAAGUACUGACCCUUGGGUUCGGCGGCCCGACAUUUUUACCAUCCACAGGAAGAACAUUUCUUGUUAUCUAGGACAAUUAUGAGGGCGAUUCAACGCUUUAUUAAUGCGACAACGAUACCCACACAGUGGUAAGCCCUGAAUUGAGGAGUCCCAUAAUAUCUAUUUCCAUGCAAAUUAGCACAUGUGACAAUGUUUCGGUUGUCAAAAAUAUACAACCUGUCGAACCAGUCCACCCCCCUCCCCAACCAUUCACUAUAUAAAUGUGGCAGUCAGCCUACUCAGCAGUCGUGAGGAUCUGUGUCGCCGUGAAAAUACCGGGUACCCUGCAGUAGUUUGGAGCAUCAGCGUACCUCGGAUCUUGAGUUUGACCAACAUGGCGACUAGCGCCGGAUCUCAUCUGAAACAAGGGGAGGGAGAGGAUGGACAGGAUUCUCCCCAUACCCACAAGUGCAGCCACUGCGACAAGGAGUUUCGCUUCAAAAGUAAGCUCAACCGACACCUGCGGACUCACACUGGCGAGAGACCAUACAGUUGUCGGGAAUGCAAUAAACAGUUCAGUCAUCUGAAGAGGCACAUGCGAACUCACACAGGUGAGAAACCGUACAGGUGUGAGGAGUGUAGCAGGCAGUUCACUACGCUGUCAAACCUAAAGAGUCACGUGCGGAUCCACACAGAUGAGAAACCAUACAGUUGUGAGGAGUGCAGCAGGCAGUUCAGCAGGCUGGGCGAUCUAAGGAGACACAUGCGGACUCACACCGGUGAGAAACCGCACCGAUGUGAGGAAUGCAGCAGGAAGUUCAGUAGUUUGAGCGAGCUGAAGAUGCAUAUUCGAACUCACACCGGUGAAAAACCGCACAAGUGCGAGCAAUGUAACAAAGGCUUCAGUCAGUCAACUCAUCUGAAGAGACACAAGCGGACUCACACAGGGGAAAACCCGUACAGGUGUGAGGAGUGCAGCAAGCGGUUUAAUACUGUCUCUAAUCUAAAGAGGCACAUGCGAACUCACACAGGUGAGAAACCGUACAGGUGUGAUGAGUGCAGCAGGCAGUUCACUACACUGACAAACCUAAAGAGUCACAUGCGGACUCACACAGGUGAGAAACCGUACAUGUGUGAGAAGUGCAGCAAACAGUUCCGUCAGUGGUCUACUCUGAAGAAACAUAUGAAGACUCACGGAGGUGAGGGACAGCGGACUCACACAGGGGAAAUCCCGUACAGGUGUGAGGAGUGCAGCAAGCGGUUUAAUACUGUCUUUAAUCUGAAGAGGCACAUGCGAACUCACACAGGUGAGAAACCGUACAGGUGUGAUGAAUGCAGCAGGCAGUUCACUACACUGACAAACCUAAAGAGUCACAUACGGAUUCACACGGGUGAGAAACCGUACAGGUGUGAGGAGUGCAGCAAGCGAUUCCGUCAGUGGUCUACUGUGAAGAAACAUAUGAAGACACACGGUGGUGAGGGACAGCAUGUGUAAGAUAGGCAGACGACGUUUUGGGAUGAGUAAGGAGAGAUAAUGAUCUUAGAAAGGUGGUUUAAAAACUUGGAUGUGAAUAUAUACAGUACAUGUCUCGGUUACCCAGAGAUGCUCUCAUAAUGUGUGUGUAUGUGGUGAUGGGGGUUGGCUUUGUGCAUU